AUGUGUUUUGGCAUGGACGUUUGUUUACAUUUUUCAAUAUUAAAUUUGAAUGAUUUCUAUGUUAUUAUACAUGUGAAUAACUAGUAAAUUAUGAGUUGAAUGUUCCCCCUGUAGGUGGAUAUUCAUUUAAACUAUGAAAAUGCUUCAUUUUCGAGACGAAAAGAAAGGCGUAUUGCAGUGCAUUAUGACAGGUCUAUAAGACAUCGAACAGCUGACAGAGCACCUAUCGAACAGAGUCGUGUUUGUUUGUCUCGUUCGAUUGGUCCCAGAGCGCCGCCUUAUUUGGGUAUUUUCUAUUUUUGUCAUAUUUUGUUUACAUACUGUUGUACUUAUUUACAUUGCACGCACUGUACAGGAAUAUACAAACCUUGGUCCAAUCGUAAUGACGUUCAUUUGUUUACAUUUUAUUUUGUUCCGUAGGUCGGAAGCGUCGUAGGCAAACAAAUUCUAAAAUCUGCGGUGCAUGUUUUGAACACAAUCUUAACGUUGUAAUUCUUUCACUUCAAAUUAUAUGGUUUUUCCACACUAAAAUAUGCAAUCUUCCCGCCUUCCUUAUUUCGUAACUCUUUUCAUAGCAGUCGUUUUGCAAUAUUUACCAAAUGAAAAAAGUACCUCAAAAAGACCAUUGGAAAAUGUAUGUGACUACGACCGUAACAUACUUUGUCCGGAAUGCGUCUCAAGUGGCUUGGAGUGUAAUAAAUUUGAUGAUUUAUUUACACUGCAGGAUGAUAAUGUAUUCAACAUUAUCAAUAACAUUUUCAAUUCACACACUACUAGAAUUGGUACAAUUGUUCAGGAAAAUAAAUUAGCAGUGAUGAAACAUUUAAACCGUGAUAACACUAUCGAAAAAUUGUUACAAGAAUACUGUGACGCUUAUUCGCUGACAAAACAAAACUGCCGUUGGGCACAGCACGAUGGAAGUGUAGAUCGAGCAAAAGAAUUUAUUACGACAUCAAUCCUUGAUAGUGCAAGGGUUGAAGGAUGCAUCUUUUGUCCAGCCACAAACAAUCGGCAAAGUUUGCAACGUUUUCUAAGCUUAUUCGACUCGACUGAUAAUGAGCUGUGGAAUUUGCUUGCUGUACGCACAAAUGUAGAGCCGCUGCUCAUCAAACUGUUAACUGUUAAUUAUCACGAUGAGCCGCCGUUAUAUGUUCCAAAACUUUUGCACACAUUUGGCUUCUCCAUUAUUGAAACCUAUGAAGGAAAAACGUUGGAACAUUAUUACGAUUUCCCGUUCGUGACUCGUAUGCGCAUUGCUGCUGAGCUCAUCAGGGCAGCAUUUAAGUUCACGGAAGGAAUACACGGAUUUCGUGUUUUUUUAACAGAUAUAAAUCCAGAUAACGUGGUAGUAAAUCUUAAAAACGAUAACAAGCAAGUGUACGUAUCCAUCGUCGAUUUAGAUAAUGUCAUUUUACUGGAUAGCUGGGCGGAAGUAUUUCUUACAAAAAAUACGCAUCACGUGCACAGUAAAAUCGAAUGCAACGGAUGCUUUGCUUACGUCCAGGAAGAUGUUUGCCGCUAUCAAAAUAGUGAUUUGAAUUUGUUUGCCACAUGUCAGUUACUGCUAGAAAAUUUAAAUGGACACUAUGCUAAAGGAUUGCUUCAUUACGAUCGUGAUGCUGAAGCAUUCCCAGUGCUUGGUGAAGCUUCAAAGAUGCUACAAAAUCUUCUGUCAGAGUGUGUUUACUGUCAACCACCGGAUUGCCAAAACAGAUCGCACAUUUUGAAAGAUAUGCUUCACAUCAUAGAUCAAACAAUAAUUCAAUCGUAGCCGCUACACUGUGCUGUUAUUUUUUACACUUUCCUACAUUAAUGUUACAUUUUCCUCUAACUUGCCGAUCUGUACGUUCGUCUUCUUCCAUAGCUUGUACUUUUUGUAUAUAUUCGCGAAGUUCUUUUAGCUCACACAUGGCCUUUUUUGUUAGUUGACCUUCUGGCGUCGUACGAUGCUCAAAUACUAACAUACCUAUAGCUUCCUUUAAAGCAGCUUCUGACAGUUUCAGGCGUUCCUGCAGUAAAAUAAGCAAUGUAUACAUAUUUAGAAGAGAAUAUUGAAACAUUACAAUAAAAACCCGAACACCCGA